AAAAAAAAAAAAAAAAAAAAAGACCGAAUCGUUUGCUAAUCUCUCAUCACUUUUACAGAAGAAGAGAGAGGAGAAAGUCAGUCCUCCCUGAAUCCAUUAUGGACUAAUAAAAGACGCGUUAUCAUUCUGCUUUUUCAUUCGUUUCAUUGUUUGAUGAGCAAGCAAGACCGCAGGACAGCUGGAGAAGAGAGAGACAGAACGUUGGAGGGAGAAACAGGGAGGAAGAAAGAAGAGACCCAGAACGGAGAACUGAACGAGCGGAGGAUCGCACAAAGGAUCACAGGGAAUGGUAACGACACCGAGAGGACUGUUAGGAGGACGAAACGGAAUGAGCAGUAAAGGAAUAUGAAGGAUUAUUCUUGUUUAUCCUGAGGAGCAGCAUCACAACUGUCUUACAGGUGAGAAUGGGAAACACAGACAGCCAGCACAGCAGCUUCAUCAUUCCUGGCAAGUCACGGCCGUGCUCGCUGAAGUUGCAUUCGUCCAAAGAGGAAGUCAUCUCCCCCCAUAGCUGGUGGAGGAACACAGGAGGAGCGUCAGCCUCUAAGACUCGUGGGUCCUCCAGAAACUGCCUGAACCAGCACAAAGUUAGCCAGCCAUACGUCUCCUACCACUAUGACUACAUCGAUGGACAGCAUCCCGGCACUCCGCAGAGCAACGAGUGGGACCAUAGGCCACUCCUGGAACGUGGGAAUUGUUGUUACGCUCACACUUCAGUAAUAAGCUCUAAUUCCGAAGUUCCUCAAAAAAAGAGCAGUCCCAAGGUGCUCUUGAGUGGGGAUGGAAGCUUGAGGGUGGAGUUUACCAAUGGGAGGAGAGGUCUGGACAACGAGAUCUGUGCUGCACCCAUGGACUCGACCUUGAGGGACAGCAAAGGUUCCUCUAUCAGUUCUGAGGAAUCCUGGUAUGACUCUCCAUGGGGUGCUGCCACAGAGCUCUGUGACAAUGUUUUCACAACAAACCAGCCUUCAGAUGACAGCAGCGGCUACACUACACUCUCUUCCACCCGUACCGAGGAUAUCAGCUGCCCUCCUUCCACUAUGGAAUGCCAUGCAGAUGAGAUCCUGUGUCAGGGGACAGGAAAUGGAACCACUGGCUAUAUCACCUGUUCUCCUGGAUGCACAGAGGAGGACAGUGGUAUUGGAGACUCAGUUUUACUCCACACAGAGCAGAAGGAUCUUGGACUGAACUCUUUCGGUAAUGUUUACGCUAACCCGAACUUGACCGGACCUUUUCCCACGAUUGGCAUCCUUCCUGAAGACCAGGUCCAGGAUGCUCCUGACCUCAAUUCCACUACUAAGGAAGAGAGAAAAGAAAACCAACCUUUCACCUCUCUCACACUGCCAUGCAGAAAAUCAGGUGGUGGUGAUGUUAAUUCCAGAAAGGACUCGCUGAAGAGCCGGAUCCGCCGCAUUAGCGACUGGACCGGAAGCCUGAGCAGGAAGAAACGGAGGCUACAGGAGCCCUCAGAGACCUUCAGCAGUGGUGUGGAUGGUCUGGUGGGUGACCCCAGUGUUCAACUGGUGGGUGACCCAUGCUGGAACCUCUUGAACAGCCAGACACGCUCGGCCUGCUCUCUAACAGAGCCAUAUACUCAGCAGAACCAGAAUGUCUACGAGAACUUCAUGCAGGAGCUGGAAAUGGGUGAUGCUCUCCAGGAAUGGGAAGAGGUCGAGGGCGAGCAGGUUGAGAGCAGCAGUGGGUCUCUGAGCUCUCUGGAGCAGAUGGAGCUGCUGUUUGAGAAGGAACAGGGAGUGGUGCGGCGGGCUGGGCUACUUGCCUUCAAACCACUCAUCAGCCUGCAUAAAGAGCGCAAACUGGAGCUGGUGGCACGCCGCAGGUGGAGGCAAUAUUGGGUCACGCUUAAAGGCUGCAUGCUCCUUCUGAGUGAGGCUGAUGGGAAGAGCUGCCCAGAGCAUGAAAUGUCCCCACGCUAUGUCCUGCUUGCUGAGGACAGCAUUGUCCAGGCCGUCCCUGAACACCCAAAGAAGGAAAACGUUUUCUGUUUGAGCAAUGCUUACGGAGAUGUCUAUCUUUUUCAGGCCUCAAAUCAGACAGAUGUGGAGAACUGGGUAACGGCCAUCCACUCAGCCAGUGCUUCACACUUGGCCAAGCGUCAGGGCAAAGAGGACACAGUGCGGCUGCUGAGGAGCCAGAGCAGAGCCUUGCUGCAGAAGAUCGACAUGGACAGCAAAAUGAAGAAAAUGGCUGAGCUGCAGUUGUCUGUCAUUACUGACCAGAAGAACAGGAAGGCUGUGGAGGGGCAGAUCCAGCAGUGGGAGCAAAACCUGGAGAAGUUCAACAUGGAGCUUUUCCGCAUGCGCUGCUACCUGGCCAGCCUGCAGGGCUCCGAGCAGCCCAAUCCCAAGAACCUGUUAGCCGUCGCUUCACGUCAGUCAAAGAUAGCGCUCGGACGUCUGGGGAUUUUCUCUGUCUCAUCUUUCCAUGCUUUGAUGUGCACCCAUGAUGAGGCCAGUCUGAGGAGGCGUUCACGCUCUCAAUCUCGAGCUGCACGGAGCAAGCGAGGAAUCUUCUCCUCUCAGAAAGGCCUGGACAGCCUGAGUAGACGCAACCGUGAAAAGAGACAGUCUCUGUCCCAGAUAUUCGAAGGACAUUCCAGCGGAACUCUUGGCCAUCCACCAGCACAGAGCAGUUCAGAGCAGCGUCUCGACGCUUUUCCCAAACUGCAUCCCACAGCGCCACCCGAAGGCAGAGUCUGGGACUGUGGCUUUGAGAGCCUGUUGUGUGUGUCCAUGCCUGACAGGCAGGUCCUCAGCGUUCCUGUCAGGCAGGAUUUCCUUGUAGCUGAUGUGCUCGCCUCAGCCUGCAAGUUGAGGCAGCUGGACCCGGCGCUGUAUUAUCUGCGUACGAAGAGACGUUCAGGCCCAGAUGUGGAGAUCAGCACUCCAGCAAACUCAGACUUACUAAGAGACCUGGUUUACGACGAGCUCGAAGUUUGGCCUCUCAACGUGUUCACUUUAAUCAUUUCACGUCCAGACACCGCCAUCGAUUUUGGAUUCGCAGUGACAGGCCAUGUGGAUGGUUUGAGGAGAAGUCACAUCUUCGUGAGUGAGGUGAAUCCAGAGGGCCUGGCGUUCAGUAAAGGGCUGAAAGCAGGUGAUGAGAUCCUGGCCGUGAACACUGCGAGCGUCUCUACUCUGGACUUGGGCCUCAUACACACCUUGUUUAGCGAACAGACGUUGCGUCUCGUCCUCCGCCGUGAGGAAAGCGUGUCAGAUGAGCAAGGCAGUGUGUGGCCAGGGUGUGACCCCGGCGACCCAUACGGACCCUUUCCACCAUCCAGCGCACCCUACUGCCCCCCUCCACCCUCACACAGCACACAGACCCAGUUCAGCUCAUCAGACGGCUGUGGGUUCCUGGAGGUUCCUGCCGAUGCAGCGGUGCCCCUUUCAGGGGACGUCUGCGAUAAGGCCGAGCGGUGCAGAAAGAAUGUGACGCGAGCGUGCCCGCUGUACCAGACCUACCCCGAGGAUGAAAGCCUUGCCGCGGAGGGCUACAGGAACCCGUACUCCACUGAGAGCGGCACUGCAAGGGGCAGCCCACGCCACAUGACCAUCACAGAGAGACUUCGCAAGGUCAUCCAGGAGCUCGUGGACACCGAGAAGUCCUAUGUGAAGGACCUUGGCUGUCUGUUCGAGAUCUACCUGAAGCCUUUAGAGAAAGAGACUUUCCUCAGCAGUGGAGAGAUGGAGUCUCUGUUUGGCAGCCUGCCAGAAAUGCUGGACUUCCAGAGGGUGUUUCUGCAGACGCUGGAAGAGAAAACCAGCUCAUCUCCAGACUUCAUGACACUCCAGACGGCAGAGCAGCUCAAGAAACUGCUUUCCUCACUGGGCGGAUCCUUUCUGUACUACGCCGACCACUUUAAGCUCUACAGCGGCUUCUGCGCCAACCAUAUCAAAGUCCAGAAAGUUCUCGAACGAGCAAAGACAGACAGGGCGUUUAAGGAGUUCCUGGAGGAGAGGAACCCCACCAAACAGCACUCAUCUACGCUGGAAUCCUACCUCAUCAAGCCUGUGCAGAGGGUCCUCAAAUAUCCACUGCUGCUCAGAGAACUUGCGUCCCUCACAGACCCUGAGAGCGAGGAGCACUGCCAUCUCACAGAUGCGUUGAGGGCCAUGGAGAAGGUGGCCAGCCACAUCAACGAAAUGCAGAAGAUCUAUGAAGAUUAUGGCACUGUGUUCGAUCAGCUGGUGGCGGAACAGUGCAGCACCAAGAAGGAGGUAACAGAGAUCUCGAUGGGAGAGUUUAUCCUCCAUGGCUCUGCGCUCUGGCUGAACCCCAUGACCUCACUGGGCCGCAUGAGGAAAGAGCCGGAACUCACAAUUUUCGUCUUCAAAAGAGCGGUAAUUUUGGUGUAUCGAGAGAACAUCAAGUUGAAGAAAAGGAUGACGGCGUCCCGCUAUGGAGAUCUGGACCCUUUCAAAUUCCGCUGGCUCAUUCCAGCCACAUCUCUACAUCUCCGACCUGGAAACCCAGCAGGAUCUGAGAACCCAUGUCUUUGGGAAUUAGUCCACACUAAGUCUGAGGUGGAAGGAAGACCAGAGACGGUUUUUCAGCUCUGCAGCAGUAGUCUAGAGAGCAAGGCGAACGUGGUGAAGGCCAUCCGCUGUGUGCUGAGAGAAAAUGCCAAAAGAAGCGUUCCAGCUGAGAGGGGCUUCAGAGACAAUCUGACUUUCCCUCGGAGAAGCCACCAAGCCACAGUGAGAAGUAGAUCCUGGACUAAGACACUUCAACCAGAAGAAGGACGUCUGCUUGGAGGAGACACGCAUUCAGAGCCUGGCAUUCCCAAAAACGCAUGCCUGUCUCUAGGCUCAGGCGCCAGGCUAGGUUCCCUCACCAGCUCACUUGAAGCCCAGCUUCAGAGACUGAGCUUCAUGGAGGAAGUGCCACAGGAAGCCAGGGGCAGAAACGCCAGUCACAUCACCAUGAUGGAGAACACUUCUGAUAUGGAUGUCAGCUCCCUGCUGGUUAGGGACUACAGUGUACAGAGUCUGAACUCUGCUGUUACUGAAGGCAGUUUCUAUGACACAGUUAUGGGGGUCCAGAAAUCUGCCAUUCCCACACUUUAGAGGAAUUAGUGUCUUGUUUGAGUUUCAAGGUCUGGGUGUACUAAAGCUGUUUUUAUUUCAUCAUCAGUUAUAUGGAAAAAAUGCGGACCCUUAAAACAUAAUGUGCACUAUUGUUCACUAGGAGAAGUCUAGCGGCUUAUGUUCUGUUCGAGAAAAAGCAUUCAAAUCUAUAGCACAUAGCAAAGUAGAGAAAUGAGUGUAGAAGGAAUAAAACAUGACCUGUUGUACUAUUAUAGGAGAAAAUAAUCUACGAUGGGAAGGUGUGAUGCCAUUACCAUCCUGAAGUUGAUUAUUUUACAAUAACAGCAUGUCCCAAAGUGAUUUAUUCCACUUAUACCACAGCAAUCGGCCAACAAUUAAAAUGAUUUGCUAAUUAAUGAACAAGUCAUACUUUUUGGAUUGUUUUUGGAACGCACGUCAAUUCAUUUAUUGCCUGUUUAGUUACCUAACUCUCAAGUUAAAAGGUUGCUUGAGUUAAUUGAAGAAAUGAAGUUGUUUUGAGAGGACCGACAGACCCCUAGCUACCCACAGCUACAACUUAGUAAGCAUAAUUAGCUCACUGUACAUAGGGACAAAUUGCUGUUACUGAAUGUGAUAUUAAAAAGAUUCGUACGUGAACUCUCCGAAUACUGCGUGGGUUAAAACACCGUACAGAGCAAACACAUCAAGAGUGUUUUGGGGGUGUGGUUUAGGAUGGAAUAGAUGUCGUUCAGCUUACCCAAAUUUAAUAUUUAGUUCAGAUUACCCAAUCCAAAAUCCAAACUCUCUGUGUAUUACGGAUUGGGUAAGCUUUUGAUAAAUGAUGAAAUAAAAAACAAGGUAAUGGACUGUACAACACCUGAAAGACUGACUGUGUGUGAACUUGCUGCAGUCACAGUUGCCUUCUCUCAUUCACGCUCUUUCUGGACUGAUACUUGGACCACAUGUGUGUCUCCCUGUUUGUGGAUAUUGUUGUUUUAUAUUUGUACCUCUUUUUGACAAAAGCUUUUCUCAGUUCAGUACAAGAACAGCUUGAUUUGAUGUUUUUACAAACUUGAACAAGACAAAACUUUAAGUAAAAUAUUUUCAUAAGUUAAAAUGAUUGCAAUAAAAAUAUCUUUGUGGGAUUUUUUCUUUUUUUUUUUUUUUUUACUAUAUUGUAUUUAAAGUACCUCUGGAAAUGUCUUUUGUAGUCUUAUGUAAUUUAUUUGUAAAUUAUGAUAUAUUCACUACCUGAGCAGCUCUUUUUGUAAAAUAAUAAUAAUAAAAAAUAAGCUUAUGUUGUAAUAUUUAAUAAAAGGUUUCUUGACUCUU